AAACACCUACACCGUUGGAGCGUUGCGUUCUUCUCGGUGCACAUACUUUGCAACUUUGUGAAAUAKUGCAGCCACACGUUGACUUUGCUCACAACUAGAACAGCGUUGCAGCCAGCCCAUGUGGAAAACAUUGGGCGCAUGAGGCAUGUUAUUGUAAAAGGCUAGCUAGCACAUCUAUGGCUCUACUGAAUCUUGUUAAAUUCUAGUGUAUCCUGAGACAACUUACAAUUCGUUUCAUAUGCUAAGGUUUAAACGAUAAACAUGGACAAAGUCGGUAUACACUUUAGAAAGGGGAGAGAGGCAAUGAAGAGAGUCUCUGAACCAGAGCCUGACUACGAGAAAGAAGUGUUAAAAAGACACAAAAACGCCCAAGCAGUGACUGUUUUAGGCGAAGAAGAUGCAUCUGUAAAACUUCUUGAAUAUCUUGUUUUUGGUGCAGAAGAUGAUCUUGUGGAAAGGCUCGUGGAGGACAGAGAGGAUGGCGGYGCCACACUUCUGGAUGAUGACGAGUCCAGCGAAUCCGAUGUAGAGAAUGAAGCACGGCUGAAGGUUCAGACAACCAGGACAGCAGUGUGGGAGGAUGAGGAUGAUGAUCUGGAGGAAGAAGUGGACAUGACACACCGGUUCCGUAGAGACCUGACCAAGAGUGACGCAGAGGCCAAGAUGUCCAAACAGAAGUUACAGCAGAGGAUGAAAGAACAGUUCCAAAAAGCAAUGGGUGGAAUGCCGUCCUGGGCAGAGACAAAAGUCAAGAAAAAGAAUAAGAAAAAAGUUGACUCUGAUGAUGAAGAUGAGGAUGGAGAUGACCUGAUGAGGAAGACGGGCAACUUUGUGGGCUCAUCCGACAGUCUUCCCAAAGGAAUCAUACGGAUGAAGAAGUGCCUACACGCCAACAACGACCGGCCGUCUGAGGACCGGCUGACCACGGUGCAGUUCCACCCCUCCGCCCAGGUUGUCWUGACAGCAGGGCUCGACCAGUCCAUCUCUCUGUUCCAGGUUGAUGGAAAGACCAACCCUAAGAUUCAGACUAUUCACCUGGAGAAGUUCCCGGUGCACAAGGCCCAGUUCAGUGUGGACGGGGAGCAGGUGGUGGCCACCAGUUUCAGGAACAAGCUGUUUUACAUCUACGACAUGAUGGAGGGCAAGGUCAUCCCAGUCCACACUGUCAGAGGUCUGAGGGAACAGAGAGUGAAAGAGUUUGAAGUCUCCCCUGAUGGAGAAUCCCUCCUUCUCACUGGCACCUCCGGAUACCUCCACGUGUUAUCAAUGAAGACAAAGGAGGUAGUGAACAGCAUGAAGAUCAACGGAAACAUCGMAGGAGUGGCUUUCUCCCACGACGGCAGCAAAGUCUUCACCAAUUCUGAGGAGGGUGAGGUGUACAUAUGGGACAUGAGGAGCAGUAAAUGCCUGAACAGGUUCACAGAUGAUGGCUGUGUGAGUGGGACCUCCAUAGCUGCAUCCAAGAACGGACAGUAUCUGGCCUGCGGGUCAGCGGCAGGUGUGGUGAACGUGUACUCCCAGGAGGAGUGUAUGCGGCAGAACAACCCCAAGCCUCUGAAGACCAUCAUGAACCUGGUGACCUCCGCCACCUCUCUCUGCUUCAACCCCACCUCCGAGAUCCUGGCCAUCGCCUCCAGGGCUGACGACGAGGCUGCCCGAUUGGUUCAUAUCCCCAGCUUCACAGUGUUCUCCAACUUCCCCAUGUUCCAGAGAAAAACCAUGUACAGGGCCCACCGUCUGGACUUCUCCCCAAACAGCGGCUUCUUCUCCCUGGCCAACAACAAGGGCCAUGCCCCUCUCUUCAGGUUGUUGCAUUACAAAAACUUUUGAUGAAGAGCAUCCCAAGCAGGCUCGUAAUCAACAUCAAGACACCAAGCUCCCUCAAUAAAACUACCAUUGUCUUCAAGAAGACAUUUUACAAUGAAAAGGACUUGAAUUGAGAAAUCGGUUAUGCUUAUUACAUCUAUGAAAGUGUCACAGCAAGAUACCAUGUCUUCGUUAUCCAGUUUUUUUCCCUUUCAAAUUUGAGUAUGAAUUUUUUUUUUUAAGUGUUCUGUUUUCAAAAUGCACAUCUUGUAUAUUUCUUUCUGUAUACUUUAGGGUUUUACAAAUGUUUGUAUAGUGGAUAAAAUACAACUUAAUUUCCUUGA